AUGGGAAUGUGUGAUUCACGAGAAGAAAUAAAAGAUGUUUAAUUUGGAAGAUCAACAAUUCAACCAAAGAUGUCAGAGAAUCCUAAUUUAGAUUUUUACAGAGGUGUAUAUCCUUUCUAGUUGAAUAAUUAAAUAUAGUUUCAUAUGAAGCAUUGGAAAACUUAUAAUUAAUAAUAUCAAUGGAACAAAUUUUAUUCAGAUUUAGAAUCCGAUAAAUAAUUUAUGCAAUGGCUGUAUCCAAAUUUUUUUUAAUCAUUUUUGAACACAACUAGUUUUAGAUUGUCUAUAAAAGAAAGAAAUAGUUUUAUAGAGGAUUAAUAAGUAAUAUUAAUAAAUAUCUUAGAUUAUUUAAUAGUAUGUGGAAAAUAUAAAAAUGUUUUAGAGAUUCUUAGGUAUUGGUAGAGAUGACAAUUAAGAUUUAUUAAUAAUAGAUUAACAAUAAUUUGAUCAAUGCAUAUAUUCUUAUACAUCAAAUUAAGUUAGAAUCUAGCGAUUUAUAUCCUCAAUGAGCAUUUUAGGGUAGAGAGAUUUGGCACUUGAAACCUUAUAAGUAAUAAAGAAUAAAUUGACAAAAAAAAAUAAGAUAUAUUAAUCUAAAUUUUAAGGGUUUGAAUUAUUGAUUGAAGAAUUUGAUUAUUCAGCACAAUCUUUAUAUUCAAAAAAAGUAUAUUCAAUAAAUAAUAUAAAGAAGCCAACAAAAUCAUUUGAGGAAUACAAAACACAUUAUGUGUAAGAAGAUCUUUUUAAUGAAUUAUGGGUAUAGGCUUCGAUAUUGACAAAGGCACCAAUAUAAGUUAAUUAAUAAAGUAGAGAAUCAUUUUUAGUUAAAGAAAAGGUUUGUUGAUAAUGAUUACUUUAAUGAAU